CUAGGAGUGCCAGCCUUUUGUGUCACAUCGACACAGCCCACAUAUCGUUUUGCAAACUCAGUUCGGAGUCAGGACUCUGUCCGCCAACGAAAUCCAGGGAUCAGGAUGUUGCACAGCAGCUACAACCGGGCGCCGCGGCGCAAGCUCAUCCCGAACCUGUUCAGCAACAUCCUGCAGGUGAUCGCCGACGCGGACCAUCCGCUGACGGAGCCCGAGAUCAUCGAGGCGGUGGCCGAUCGACUGGAUCGCAGCGACGAGGAGCUGAAGCGCCAGAUCACGGUGAGCCUCCACGACGCCCUCAUCUACGGCUACCUGCGGGUGAAGAACUACCGCUACUCCAUAGUGCCCAGUCGCCUGGACCCGGACGACCAUACCCACCAGCAGCCGGUGCACCAUGAGCCCAGCUCCUCGAUCACGGCCACCGCGGAGCAUCGCCGGGUGCAGGACAGGAUCUCCAGCGGAACCAGUCCUAGUCCCAGUCCCAGCCAGGAUCGGGAUCGGGAAGGGCCAACCCCAACCAAAAGCCCUCAGGCGGUCAAAAAGGUAACUGCCGAGCCGGAAAACCAAACAAAUUAAUAAGGAAAUUUAAAAUGCAUCAGAAUAAAGGGUUUAAAUAAAUUAGGGCACCCUUUAGACUUAAAA